UUUUGUUGAAUUGACGUGGUAAGUUUAAGUGUUUCCGUGAUAGUUGGCAUAUUGAGACAGCACACUGAUGCCUCGUAAACGCAAACUUUCCAUGUCGGACUACGCUUCGGACGACGAAAUGGACGACGUUCAACAUCACCCGCAACGCAACGCAGCGAAUGCGCGCGAACGAGCGCGAAUGCGCGUCCUAAGCCGCGCUUUCUGCCGACUCAAAACAACCUUACCAUGGGUACCGGCCGACACAAAACUGUCAAAAUUGGACACGCUACGUCUAGCAACCAGCUACAUCGCGCAUUUAAGGGCCGUUCUGAUGGACCAACCCUUACCGAACGAGAAUUUUCACAAACACCCCCUAACACUGACGUGGCCCUUCAGUUUUCAGCGUACUGAAGGUGCUAGCGAGUCCUCUUCUGGCGGCGAGGCGAAGGGUGGAAGUGAUAGGGGAGUUUCGGAGGGGGAAGUACCUUGGAACGACCGACAAAACCACAACGUGCACCAUACUGAUCUUGUCUCCUAUUACUACUGAUUUAUAGUUUUUUUAAGUCGAUUAUUUAUUUUAUUUUUUUGUGCGUAUUUUUAAUUUUAUUUACAUAGCUAGA